GUCCCUAGUUCCAACCGUCGACUCUGAGACAGUCUCAGCCGUUACUGCAGUACGGUUUUAAAAACCGUUGGCUCUGGUUUGUCCCAACCUGAGGAGCUGCUGCUGCUGCUGCUGUAGCUGUAGUAACACCGGCUUGUGUUUUGGUCCUGUCAGCUCAUUCAUACAAUCCUAUCUGGAGCUGUUCAUACCUACCUUGCCGGCUCUAGCUACCGACCUCAACCCCGCCGCCAGGAGAGAAACUAACCGACAAAAAAACAAAAAGCAACCAGCAGACAACUGGCGGUCAGAACGCAACGGUUGGAGCGCGAGCCUGCCGACCAACCGCCACCGGCCGAUGACGUGCGGUGGAAUUGUUGAAAAAGAGGAGGAGUCUUAUUUGUGAGCGAGAGAGCGGAGAGCGGGUUUGAGUCCGAGUACAUUCACAAACUACACAGUUUGUGGAACCGAUCACUAGUCCCCCCCCUCCACCAACCGGAUAACACACCGGACCACACAUCCCCGACCGCAACGGUUGACGUGAACACACAGCAGGGGCGCGGAAGAGUUGAAUAGCGGCUGGAGGAGAAGAACAAGGAGGAGGAGACAAGUCUGCUUACAGAGCGAGGCAGAAAAUCGCGGGAACGUCGUCGCUCGGCAACGCGAAGAUUCGGUGAGUCGAGGUUGUCGAAGAAUUCUGUGGUAAAUCCAUGAGCAGGAAUCUUUCUGCUUGAAGACAGCAAUGGAAGUUGUUGUGACAGAGGAGAAGAAGAAGAUUUUCCGUGCUAGGAAAACCAUGAAGAUCAGUGAUCGACAGCAACUGGAGAGUCUUCACAGCACUUUGUUGACAGCUGCUCCAGGUUUGUCUGACACAUCUCCACCACCUCUAAUGAAUGGCACGCACAAAGAGGAUGGACAGAAAAUGGGGGACAAAGAGCUUAACAACAUCUCGGACUCAAACUCCCCCUGUGCUGCGUCCCCUUCCUCUCCGACCUCUCUGAGCUCUCCUGCUCCUUUCCUGUCCCUAAAUCUAUCCCCUUCCCCUGACUCUUCACAAAGCCCAAAAGAAAAGGAAGACUCUCCUUCUUCUCCCACAUCACCAUUCCACAGUCUAAACUUUGAACUGAAAAAGAUGGAGGAAGGGGAAAAGAAAGGUUCUUCACCGUCCUCAUCAAAUGAGUGUGUUACACCAGCGUCAACAGAAUCCAAGGAAAACCAAGAAAAAGACACAGGGGGGAACCCAGAGAUGGAAAAGAAAGAGGCUGAACAGACUUCAACAAAGGACCCAGCUGUGGAUUUGGUGAAGGAUUUAAAAGGUUUGGGUUCAUGUUCGUCUGUGCCACGGCCAGUAUCUGACUGCACAGAACCAAUGGAAACAGAUAAUGACACUAUAAAGGACCCCGAGGGCUCCACAGCCAAAGAAAAAGACGAAAAGCCUUCUUCCCCCAAAGCCACCACUUCCGAUUCCUCUGCUCGUUGUCCUUCCUCGUCUCGUCCAGCUUCCUCUUCUUGUGCAGAUCUAAAACACGAAAAGGAAAUAAAAGAAGAGAUUGAAAAAGAGGAUGGGAAGAAGGGAUCGAUAAAUGAGACAAAGAUGGAGUUGGACUCCGUGAAAGUAGAGACCAAAAAGGAAAAAACUGAAGUUAGACAAACCACAAAGCCAUCUCGGCCAUCAUCCACUCCACCAUCUAACACAGUAGUGCAAGAGGAGAAGGGCUCCACCUCUGGACUGAAGCGCACUUUAUCAGAGGGUUACGAAAAAGAUGGACAAACCGUAAAAAGAGAGGGGAAGAGGCCCAAGGUGGAACGUGAGGAGUUGGAGGCUCAACUGGAAUUUAAAAUUACUGCAAAAGCUGGCAGUCACCAUAAACUUGGAAAGAUUGUGCAACAGCUAGUGGAUGAACGGUUGAGAGCCUUGCAGCUGACCAUUUUUGACAAACAUUUCGAAGAGCUGAAAGACAGAGUAGACAAGAUUGACUGUGCCACUAAACACCAAACUGCCAUCAACACACUCCAAGCUAAGAUAGCCCGACUAGCAAAAAAGUUUGGAGAGGCCAAUCAGGCGUCAGAGAACAAAAGGAAACAAGAAGCGCUUGUUGCUGCUGCUGCUGCUGCUGCUGCUGCUACUGCUGCUGCUACCAAGACCACAACUCUUGCAAACAACCAAGUUCAACGGCCAGUCCGGACAUCCAUGGAGGUAAAGCAGACGUCGUCGUCCAGCUCAACUGCCCUGUCAGCUCCACCAGCCUUGGCUCCAGGUCCAACACCCACCUCCACUGCCAUGGUUACACAGGCCCCCAUUCUCCAGCUGAUCACCUCCACCUCUAAUGCUGCCUCCACAUUGGCCACCGGCAUCACCACUCAAAGUCCCACAGGCACCCUGCUGCUGAAAACGACCGGCGGCGGCAGCAUGAUGACUACGGGCCAGCCGCUCCUCAUCCAGCUGCCUUUAUCAAUGGCUAAUGGCCAGGCAGGAACGCUGGUCAACAUUCCUGUUUCCUCUUUGUCCGCAGCCAGCUCGCUCAACAAGGCCAAAACCACUUCCACCGCCACUUUUAUACUCAAGCCUGCUCCCGCCAUCACCACAGCAGCAGUCUCUACCCCAGCUUCUGCCACUGUCCCAACGCUCCAGGCCUCCACUUGCCAGAUGUCCCAGAUCUCUCUUGCCCGUGCCGUGUACCAGGGGGGCGCUGGGGGAAUAACUACACCUAACGCUGGGGUAUCCGUGACCACAGCCAGGACGCCAGCUCAGUCUGUCUCUGUAGCAGGAGCUAUGUCUUCAGCCUCUUCACCUGCAACCACUGGGCCGGCAGCAACGGGCUCCACUGCUCCAGGACCACCACAAGGGACGUCUCUGACAUCAAAGACAGACAACCAAGCUACAGGAUCCACUCCAUCCAAAGCAGGGGCUCCAGCGGCACGACCCAAAGGUUCUGUCAUCGAUCUCACUGAGGACGACGAUGAUGUACAAGUGACAGGAGUGAAGACUGCCACUGUUGCAGCUCUCUCACCUAUCCAGCGUCCUCAUCCAGUCGUCAGCAUUCCCAACAGUGCAGGAGCAAGGUCGUCCCCGCAAAGCAAUCUGAACGCCCCCAGCAAUCCUCAGUUGACAGUCCACCACCGCCCCCCACUGGACUCUCCAAUUAAAUCCCGCGCUGUAACCACUAGUACGCCAACCCGGGGCUCCAGCAUGGCACUGCCCCCUCUCCCAGCUGCCCCCGCACCCCCGCGCUUGCCCCCAGAGGCUGAGCGGACCUCACCUCCUCAGCAACCUCAGCUAAAGCUGGUGCCAAGUCAGACCGGUAUAGUGCUGUCCUGGUGUGUGGCAGAAACUGACCGGACCUGUGCAGCUGUAGACAGCUAUCACCUCUAUGCCUUCCAUCAAGACAACUCUAACAGUAAUGCAGCGCAGCAGCACUGGAAGAAGAUUGGGGAGGUGAAGGCCCUUCCUCUGCCUAUGGCCUGUACACUGACCCAGUUCCAGUCUGGCUCCACUUAUCAUUUUGCGGUUCGAGCCAAAGACAUCUAUGGGCGCUUUGGCUCCUUCUGUGAACCUCAGUGCACAAAUGUCAUCAGCUCCAGCUCUAGCUGAACAGUUGAGAAGAAAACAUUUUUUUGCAUUUGAAAGUUUGUGUGUUCCUUCGCUUCUUGUUUGUGUUAGGAACACAAAUAUUGUGCGUUGAACACUUGCAGUAUCUUUUAAAUAUCUCUCUGCAUAACAACUGGACUUCUGACUGACUUGAGAAGAGAACUGAAGCGGCAAACGGUUGGUUUUGUCUGGUAAUGUAUGUAAUGUAUUUUUUGUGACUAAAGCUGUUGUAUAUAAUUGAAUUUCUUUGCCCCUCUACCAAGUCAGAUAUUUAUGUUGUUGACUCCUGUUACUCUGAUCCAGAUGUCUUUUGCUUUACUUGACAGGAUUAUCAGUGUAAACUCAGAAUUGCACAGAAAUGUAUAAAUGUGUGGUAGAAACUGAAUGCUAACUUUUGUAAAUUUUGUCUGGCAACCAGACUUUGACAAACACAAUAAAAGGUUUUAUUAAA